GUGGGUCACCAAGAUGCGACACCAUGCGCUGCACAGGAGCCACUUUACUCUAGCCCGAAGUUCAAAAGUCAACCUUAGGCCAGGAGCCGAUUACUUAUGUUUUCUGCAAGACAGUGCGUUCCCCCGCGUUCUCGACUUUAGUCACUCUCUCAUAUUCAAUCUUGAAAGUAAACAUGCACUGGUUCCAUCUGCCUUCUGAAAUAGUCCUCAGCAUAGCAGAGAAUUUUGACCGCGCUAGGGAUAUUUCCUCGCUAGCAAGAGCAAAUCGCCGAUUGCAUGAUAUUCUUCUCCCGUGGCUUUACAAAUUCAACGUCCGCGAGCAGAAUAGCUCUGCAUUGCAUUGGUGUGCUGAGAAUGAGGAUGCUGGGGAUCAAGCAUCCGGAUUGGCCAAAAGACUUCUUCACGAGUACAAGGCAGAUGUCAACGCAAUCUAUGAGGAUAACACACCACUUAUAUCCGCCGCUAUUCAUGGGCUAGAGUCUGUCACCGAGAUCCUUCUAAGGACGCCAGGGAUCUCAGUCAACUUCUCUAACAAGAAGGGGCAAACUGCACUGUGGCAUGCAGCUUCUCAGGGGCAUGUGGCUAUAGUCCAGCAGCUUCUCGCUAGAAAAGAUACCCAGAUCAACUGUUCUGAUAAAGUUUAUGGACAAACGCCCCUAGCUGCUGGUGCGCUCAAUGGACAUAAGGAUAUUAUCGAAUGUCUCCUGCGUACGGGUCGAGUCGACAUCAACAAGGGUGAUAUGCAUAAUAUGACACCGAUUUUUCAUGCGCUGCGGUCUAAGCAUGAAGGGAUUGCGAAUACCUUACUCUCAGAGAAGACCAUCAAUCUUGCUUGCCGAGAUCGUCGGGGACGAACUCCGCUCAACUAUGCUGCAUCUUUGGGUGAACUCUCCAUGGUGACAAUGUUGCUGGACGCGGGAGCUGAUGUGGAUGUGAUGGAUGAGCAAGAAGAAAUGCCACUACACAAGGCAAUAGCUAGUGGCCAUCUAGCUAUGGUAGAGGUUUUGCUAGAUGCUCUGAUAAGGACCUGGCCGCCGCCUGGUUUUGAGAGGUCCCCUGAGGCUGCUGAAUCGCUAUGUUUUGCCGCUGAAAGAGGACAGACAGAGGCCGUUCAGCUUCUGAUAGGUCGCAAAUUUGACGUGAAUGCUGGGAAUCGCCAUAACCGAGCUCCACUACAUAUCGCGGCCAGUCAUGGACAUACAAGGGUUAUGGCGGUGCUGCUUGAUCAAAAGAAAAUCGAUAUCAAUGCUCUGGAUUCUUUGGGGCAGACUGCGCUGCAUUUAGCAGCGAAAAAAGGGCAUCCGGACAUACUCAUCCAGCUCCUUGCUAUGCCAGGUAUCGAGGUCGACCGAAGAGACUAUAGUGGAGCAACUCCAUUCUGGUUGGCGGUUAAACGUGGCCAUGAAGACUUGGCCAUGUCGCUGCUGCCCCUGUCCGAUUUGAAUGUCAACGGUAUUAUCGGACAUUCAUUACAAGUCCAAGAUGACUCAACACCACUUCACUUUGCUGUUAGGAGACAAAACGUACCGCUUGUACGGGAACUUGUUCAACGGAGUGACGUUAGUUUGAACAUUGUUAGCAACGACCGCACUCCACUGACCUGGGCUGUUGACACCGGAAAUAUAACUAUCGUGGACCUGCUUCUUACGAGAGCGGAUAUACGGAUUAACCCUGAAGGUAUUCAUGAGGUGCCUACCCUGUGGCUAGCUAUUGAAAAAGGCGAUAUUGCGGUAGUUCGGAGGCUGGUCCGGAACCCAAAGGUCAACCUUAACCAUGGAAGUGGUAUAUAUGAGGCGCCUCUCCCACACGCAAUCAAGAAGGGCCAUAGAGAUAUUAUAAAGCUGCUUCUUGCUCAAGGAAAGCGCCUGCAUAUCAACAAGAAGCACAAUGGUACAGCGACCGCACUAUUACUGGCUGUACGCAAGGGAGAUGAUUCAAUCGUCGAACUGAUCCUUCGGCACGCUCGGGUUGAUCCUAACAUUGCAGAUGAUGGUGGCCGAAACCGCACUUGGGUGGGCAGAGACAGAAGGACACGGCAAGAUAAUGGAGCGCUUACUCGCGGACGACCGCAUUAA